UCACAUAAUAUGGCGCCUCGGUCCUACCUGCGCUGAGGGGGGAUCCGGGGCUAGGGGGAAUCGGCGUCCAUCCUUCCCACCCGGGGUGCGCUGCCGCCCCCGAACACUUCGGGCGUCGAGAGACGGGACUAAGGGCCGCGAUGGUCGCUGGUGUUCAGCUGCUCUGAGUCAGGGUCCUCACAACUGGGUUGGGUCCAAUCGAGCCGCCUCGAUGGAGUUGAGAGUCGGGAACCGGUACCGGCUUGGCCGAAAGAUCGGGAGCGGCUCCUUCGGGGACAUUUACCUCGGUACUGACAUAGCUGCUGGAGAAGAAGUUGCCAUCAAAUUGGAAUGUGUCAAAACCAAACAUCCUCAACUCCACAUAGAGAGCAAAAUUUACAAAAUGAUGCAAGGUGGAGUGGGCAUUCCCACAAUCAAAUGGUGUGGUGCUGAAGGUGACUACAAUGUAAUGGUGAUGGAAUUGCUAGGACCAAGUCUUGAAGAUCUCUUUAACUUCUGCUCAAGGAAAUUCAGCCUCAAGACCGUUCUUCUACUUGCUGACCAAAUGAUAAGCCGAAUAGAAUAUAUUCAUUCAAAGAACUUCAUCCACCGAGAUGUAAAGCCGGAUAAUUUCCUAAUGGGAUUAGGCAAAAAGGGCAACCUUGUCUACAUCAUAGAUUUUGGGCUGGCCAAGAAAUACCGGGACGCUCGUACUCACCAGCAUAUUCCUUAUCGUGAAAAUAAAAACUUAACGGGAACUGCCCGCUAUGCCUCCAUUAAUACCCAUCUUGGAAUUGAACAAUCUCGCAGAGAUGACUUGGAGUCCUUGGGCUAUGUACUCAUGUAUUUUAACCUGGGCUCCCUCCCCUGGCAGGGAUUGAAGGCAGCUACAAAGAGACAGAAAUAUGAACGCAUCAGUGAAAAGAAAAUGUCUACUCCCAUUGAGGUUUUGUGUAAAGGAUACCCUUCCGAGUUUGCUACCUAUCUGAAUUUCUGCCGCUCACUGCGUUUUGAUGACAAACCGGAUUAUUCAUAUCUAAGACAAUUAUUCAGAAAUCUCUUCCAUAGACAAGGCUUCUCCUAUGACUAUGUAUUUGAUUGGAACAUGCUCAAAUUUGGUGCAAGCCGAGCCGUAGAAGAUGCUGAGCGUGAAAGGAGAGAGAGAGAAGAAAGAAUGAGACACACACGCAAUCCAGCUGUUCGUGGAUUACCUUCCACUGCCUCAGGGAGGCUAAGGGGGACACAAGAUGUAGCUCCACCAACUCCUCUUACUCCGACUUCACAUACUGCAAAUACAUCUCCUCGGCCAGUUUCUGGAAUGGAGCGAGAACGGAAAGUGAGUAUGCGAUUGCAUCGUGGGGCCCCUGUGAAUAUCUCCUCGUCUGAUUUAACAGGUCGACAAGAUACCUCACGCAUGUCAACCUCACAGCAGGUACACCAGGGGAUGGGGUGUGAGUGGAGCCUGCGGGGAGCUGAGAAUUUGAAGUUGCUGCAAAGAAAGAAGUGCAGGAAGAAGAGCAAAUGAGGCAAAAAGCAGAAGAUGAUGAAGAAAGAAGAGUUAACACACAGCAGAGACAUGGAUUUAAAAGGGACAUUUUCCUUCUUCAAUGUUUGAAUUUUAUUGUGAAGUACAAAAUAAAGCUACUAACAUUUCUAGGUUCUGCACCCUAGCCAGAUUUUUAUUUUGGCCUCUGCUGAAACAUGCAUGCAGUAUGAAUAGCAGUUGAUUGUGGGCCAGAUGAAAGUGCUUCUACACCUACAUGGUGGCAUGUAAGAGAUAAACAAAGAUUUUAUGAGUAUUGUAGUCCAGCCAGAGUUUAUUUAAUAGUUCUCUGUUUGCAGCAGCAUAGACUACCUUGUUCCUUAGUAGUGGAUAGAAUCAGAGUCAGGAUAGAAACAAACUGCAUUAAAGAGCCCUUACUCUUGUUGAAAUCAUACUGAUGGAUGGUAUUCAAAUGGAUCAGAGGCAGGGACAGGUGAAGGAGUCAUUUCUAAAAGCAGAGUUUUGCAGGAGAUAACUGGAAUGCUUUGCAAUAUCUUUACACAAAGCCUUGAUAAUACACACCUGUUUAGUCUUCACAGGGAGACAGCUAUCAGGAGUCAUACAACCUUUCACAAAAUCUCUAGUAAUGUAUGGAGAGAGCACAAGUAGGGCUAUUCUAUCUGGAGGAUGUGGGUUUGGGUUUUUGUAAGGGGGAGAGAUAUUAAUCAUGUGAGCCUGAAGAAGCCUGAAUACACAUUUAUUACUUCAUUGAGAAAUGGGUCAGUUACCUGGAUAAUUGAAGUUUUAGUCUCAAAAUAUCCAGUGUUGGAAAAUACUGAUAAUUGCUGGCAAGAAAGAUUGAUUGUGCAGGAGCCACAGGCACGCAGCAUUGUCAUGACAUGAGGUUCAUCUGCGUGAGCAGCUUUAUUCUGAUCUCCCCCUCAAGGCUGGAAGAGUCACAGAGAAGACCUGAUCCCAUAGCCUCAGCAUUGUUUUUUCUUAAAUACUUUCAACAUUUAUCGAGUUCAAUAUUUACAGUGUUACUUAUUUGAAAGUCUACAACAAGCAGUUCAUUUUACCCUUUUUCCUGUAAAAGUUGGCCUAUAUUUAGCUGAUGUGUUUGAUGUCCUAUAUUAUGAUCCUCUUCCAUGAUAAUUUCAGACUCUUUCUCAGUGACAUGCUUCAAACAUUGGUUCUCUAAGAAAUGUUUUUGUUAGCCUGGCAAAAACAUAGGGACUGCGUUGACAAAACUAAUUGGGAAAAUGUGAUUGCUGGUGGAUGAGUAUUCUUAUUGUCUUCUGAAUAGUACAGCGACUUCUAGCUGGUGGCAAAUGUUAGUUUUUCAGUUUAGUCCUCAGGCAAAAUAGGGAUAUGGUAAUCAAUCUUUUUUCUAGCAAAAAACACAAGCUUGUCUUUUUGUUUCUUGAUGGACGGAAUGCCAUAGCAGCUAUCUUUUAUAUGAUUUUAACUUAGUGUUUCCUGCUUUAUAGGUGAGAUUUUAUAUUCUUAAACAUAUCAUAUAGGUGUAGCAGUAGAAAAGUUGGACAUCUUUAUGAGACGAGGAUGGUUUUGUCUAACUAAACUUCACCUGCUAGGAAGAAAUGUUGGUUUGUGUGUGCACUUGUAAUUGCUUGCUGAAAUGUACACAAAGGAAAAGAAACAGUGAGAAAAAAAUAUAACUAUCUUCUACACAGAAAUGUGAUUAAUCUUUUAUAGUAAGUUUACAAGAUUAUUUAGGUUUUGUCUUUUGUGCUGUCUUGGCCAGUUGAGAGCAAUAAAUGGACUUCUGUUCUAGUGAACACAUUGAUCUGAAAGCCUGCGUUUGUAUCUGUAGAUCCUAGGCUGAAGGCUCUAGAUUGAGCUUGUACCUAAUUGAGUACUAAUGAGUGAUGCAGGUUUUCUUGAAUUACCCAGGGGUUAAACUUCUCACUGUGAUAAAGGAAAAUGUUUUUUUGAAUCAAUGGCCAGCACAGGCAAUAAACCAUUAACCUAAUGAUCCUUUUGAACUAGGAGUCAUUGGAACACAAAAGCACUUCCAAACUCCUGUUGAUGGUUCCUGCUGCUCAAAGCAGUCUUUCUUCAUACAUCAGUUCUCAAAACACAUUCUAUAACGCCAACCCCUAUGUUUAUCAGUUUGGUGAGAGCUUCUAACCUGUGAAGGCCAAUGUCUCUGAGGCUUCUGAAAGGAGCACUGUUCCAAAUAAAGAGCAGCUCCAUCUAGAAUCUUAGCUUGAAAUUAACUUUUGGGCAGUGGAAUUGUUUCAAAUGGCUGUCUUUUCCCCCCA